AUGAAGUACCUUCAGCUUCUUCUCGCGGCCGCUGGCACGGCUCGCGCCGCCCUCGAUUGGCAAAAUGUCCGCAUCGGAGGCGGUGGCGGCUUUGUGCCCAGCAUCGUCUUCCAUCCCAAUGCCAAGGGUGUCGCGUACGCAAGGACUGACAUUGGCGGAAUCUAUCGCUGGAACUCGGACGACUCGUGGACUCCCAUCACCGACUACGUUGCCCAGAAUGACACCUGGAACAGAUGGGGCAUUGAUGCUCUGGCCGUCGACCCGUCCGACCCCGAUGUCGUUCUCGCCGCCUUUGGCAUGUACACGAAUGACUGGGACCCCAAUGCUGGCUCGAUCGGCCGCAGCACCGACCAAGGCAAGACCUGGACCUUCACAGAGCUGCCUUUCAAGGUCGGAGGCAACAUGCCCGGCCGUGGCAUGGGCGAACGACUAGCCGUGGAUCCCGCCAACUCCGAUGUCAUUUAUUUCGGAGCCCGCAGUGGCAAGGGCCUGUGGAAGAGCACCGAUGCCGGCAAGACCUUCUCCGAGGUCACCUCGUUCCCCAACCCCGGAACGUUCAACCCCAACCCGAACGAGGCUGGCGGCUACGGCAACGACUUGCAAGGUCUGGCCUUCGUCACGUUCGACACGAGCGCUGCGACGGCCAACGGCGCGACGUCGCGCAUCUUUGUCGGAACGGCUGACAAGACGGCCGAAUCUGUAUACGUCUCCGAAGAUGCUGGCGCUACCUGGACCGCCGUCGCCGGCCAGCCCACCGGCUUCCUUCCUCACAAGGGCAGGGUUGAGCCCAAGGAAGGCGCCUUGUACCUGACCUAUAGCGACGGCAGCGGCCCUUACGAUGGCGCCAAGGGCGCCGUGUACCGCUAUGACAUUGCAAAGGCCACCUGGGCUGACAUCACUCCCGUCACUGGUGAGGACCUUACCUGGGGGUAUGGUGGUCUGGCCCUGGACAGUCAAAACCCAGGCACUCUGGUUGUUGCGUCCCUGAACUCCUGGUGGCCCGAUGCGCGGCUCUUCCGCUCCACCGAUUCCGGUGCAACGUGGUCCCAAAUCUGGACGUGGGCCAAUUACCCAGAAAUCAACGCCAAAUACAAGAUUGACACUCCCAAGGCGCCCUGGAUCAACCAUGACUUUAUCGCAGUUGACUCCAAGAAGCUUGGCUGGAUGAUUGAGUCGCUCGAGAUUAACCCCUUCGAUAGCGACCACUGGCUGUACGGCACAGGCCUGACCGUCUUUGGUGGACACGACCUCACCAACUGGGACUCGAACUCCACGGUCAACAUUGAGUCUCUCGCCGACGGCAUUGAGGAAUUUGCUGUUCUCGACUUGGCUUCGGCGCCCGGCGGCAGUGAGCUUUUUGCCGGUGUCCACGACGACAGCGGUUUCACCUUUAAGAGCAAGGCCGACCUCAACACGUCUCCCAAGACGGCGUGGAACACACCUAUGUUUGUUGGCUCGAGCGGCGUGGACUAUGCUGGUAACUCGGUGUCCAAGGUUGUCCGCGUCGGUAAUGUUGAGGGCAGUGCCCAGCUGGCCACGUCAUCCGACGGCGGUGUCACUUGGGGUCUUCAUCCCGCCAACGGUAGCACCCAGGCUGGCGGCUCCGUUUCUCUGUCGGCCGACGGCACGACCAUUCUAUGGUCCACCUCCGGCGUCGGUGUCCAGCGGUCGACUAACCAGGGCCCACUGUCCCGCGUCUCGAGCCUGGCAGCCGGCUCCGUGAUUGCCAGCGAUAAGAGCAAUGAUGAUGUGUUCUAUGCUGGCUCGGAUGCCUUUUACGUCUCCACCGAUGGCGGUGCUACCUUUGCCAAGGGAGGUGCACUCCAGGGUGCCAACUCGGUUCGCUCCAUUGCCGCCCAUCCGACCGAGGCCGGCGACGUGUGGGCCUCGACCAAUGUCGGCAUAUUCCACAGCACCGACUCUGGAAAGACGUUCACCCUGAUCUCCACCGAAGUCACCAACACGUGGCAGGUAUCCCUCGGUGUGGGAGCCAACGGAUGGAAUGUCUACACAUUUGGCGACGGCGCCGAUGGGCCCAAGUUGUACGGCAGCGGCGACGGCGGUGCUACCUGGACCGAUCUCCAGGGUGAGAUCGGCUUUGGCGCUGUCGAUGGCGUCAGGAUUGCCGGCAGCGGCAACGAGGCAGGCCUGGUGUAUGUUGGCACCAAUGGUCGUGGUGUUUUCUACGGCCAGGGCAACCUGUAG